AUGGUAGAUAGCUAUCAACGCAUGUUUGGUCAAAAGCCAAAGACCAACAUGUGGUCACCAUUGGAGAAGGGAGAUCAUCCAGAAUGCGAUACAUCUGAGCUACUUGACUCUGAUGGAGUCACUCAGUAUCAAUUGUUGAUUGGUCAGUUCCAAUGGGCAGUCUCUUUAGGAAGACUGGAUGUCACUACCGCGGUAAUGACUCUGUCUACUUUUAGAUCAGCACCCAGAGUUGGUCAUUUGAACCGCGCAAAGCGGGUUUGUGGCUACCUAGUGAAGUUCAAGGAAGCUUGUAUCCGUUUCUGCACUGGACUACCUAAUUACAGUGAUGUCCCAGAACCUGUAUUUGAUUGGGCCAACUCUGUACAGGGCUGUUUAACUGAAGAGAUUCCAAGCAAUGCACCCCCACCACUUGGGCUUGCAGUCAUCAUCACUCACUACGUGGAUGCAAAUCUCUACCACUGUCAAGACAGGCCGGUCGGUUACGGGUAUAAUUUACAUGAUGAAUGGGACUCCAAUCGAUUUCUUUUCAAAGAAAAAGUCAACCGUUGA